AUGCCCCGUCGAGCGCAGAUACUCUAUCCGCAGGCUGCUGUUCCCUAUGCGAGUCGAGAUAUCCAAGAGGCCACUCCACCACUCGGUCCCAACAAUUAUGUCGACUUUAGGCUCCACGAUCCAGAAAACCCUCGGAACUUUUCCGUCGGUCGCAAGUGGUACAUCACGAUCGUUGUAGUCCUCCUUGCCACCAAUGGUAACUACGCCUCCAGCUUGCCGUCUGGCAGUCUGGUCUCCCUUUCUGAGAGUUUUGGGGUUUCUGAAUACGUCGCCGGCCUGUCCAUCACGGUAUUCCUUCUAGGCUUUUGCGCCGGGCCUUUCAUUUUUGCACCAUUAUCAGAGUUCUAUGGUCGAAGAGUCGUGCUUUUUGCUACGUCUCCGAUAUACAUGGCCUUCACAUUCCUAUGCGCCUUUCCCCCAAGCUUUGCUUCUCUGCUUGUCGGACGCUUUCUGGCCGGCACGUUCAUCGCCGCGAGCAUCAGUAUCGCCCCAGGCGUUCUGGCUGAUCUGUGGGAACCUGACGAGAGAGGCAAUGCCACUGCUGUCUUCUCCCUCUUCAGCUGGGUGGGGCCUUCUGUCGGGCCCAUCGUUUCUGGUUUCUGCGAGCUGAAAAAGGACUGGCGCUGGGCAUUCUACACGGCGUUGUGGUUUUGGGCCGCUGCAGCGAUCCCCAUGCUGACGCUGCCCGAGACACAUGCGCCUACGAUCCAGUCCCAGAAGGCUCGCUGUAUCCGCGCUGCCAAAAUCCCCGGCUAUGAGAACGUCACGUCGUACGCGGAGGCCACGAGCCCCUCUCUCCUCGGCAUCUACAAGAUUGCCCUCACCCGACCAUGGUGCCUCCUCAUCGAUCCCAUUUCUACCGCAUGCGCCAUCUAUAUGGCGUUUGUCUUCACAUUGUACUACAUGUUGUUCAGUAUCUACCCCAUCGUUUUCCAGGACAUGCGGGGGUGGAACUCUGGUGUUGGCCAGCUCCCCCUGAUGGGGUCGGUACUCGGGGCCGGUCUCGGGGCUGUUAUAGUCUCCCUGGAUACGCGGCGUCGCAUGUGCCGAAGCAAGAGCAGAGAAGAGCUCCCACCAGAAGACCGUCUGCUCAUGGCCAUGAUCGGCGGUGUCGGCUUCCCGAUUACAAUGUUCUGGUUUGCAUGGACAGGCCAAUUCAACUCAAUACACUGGUCGGUGCCCACGAUCGCAGGUGUUUUCCUAUCGGCGAGUCUUCUGCUCAUCUUUGUUGCGUUGACCAACUACUUGCUGGACACGUAUCAACAUCUCGCUUCGUCCGCUGUGGCUGCCAACAUAUUCGCCCGCUCUCUCGGGAGCGCAACUGCGCCGCUGUUUACGAGCUUCAUGUUUGAGGCACUUGACGUGGGCGGCGGAGGUUCGCUGAUUGCCGGAGUUGCGGUGCUGCUUGCACCAGUCCCGUUCAUAUUUUACCGGUAUGGUUCCAGGAUACGGGCCAGGAGCAAAAAAUGGCAGGCGGCAGGGAAAGCCAAGCCGCAUCGUGGGGCGGCACAAGACGGCAAAGAGACCUUUGUACGAUAUGUAUGA